AAGUGAGACCUCCCAUCACACCAUGGCGGCUGUGCAAACUCCAUCCCUACACAGACACUGGUGAAAUACCACGUUAGAAACGGUUACGAAGGGAAAGUGCAGUAUCACAGGGAGCUACUGUGAUAAUAUUCAUAUAUUAUAUGAAUGUAAAGAUAGGAUGAAGAAAGUAGUGUUGGUAACCGGUGCAAACAGUGGUAUUGGCCUUGCCCUGUGUGAGCGUCUACUAAGCCAGGAUGCCCAGCUGCAGCUCUGUCUGGCCUGCAGGAACAUGCAGAGAGCUGAUGCUGCCAGGCAGGCCCUUCUAGUGUCUCACCCUCAAGCUCAGGUUACUCUGCUGCACUUAGAUGUGGGCAACAUGCGCUCUGUGCUCAGGGCUGCUGAGGAGUUCAAGCAGAAGUACAACAGAUUGGACUAUAUGUAUCUCAAUGCUGGUAUCAUGCCUAAUCCCAGGGUAGAUCACAAAGCCUUUUAUAAAGGCCUGUUUUCUAGUAAUGUGGUUCACAUGUUUGCCACGGGGGAGGGUCUUCUGACCCAGGAAGAUAAGGUCACACCCAAUGGUUUGCAGGAGGUGUUUGCCACUAAUCUUUUUGGUCAUUUCCUUCUGGUGAAAGAACUGGAGCCAUUAUUGUGUCAGAUGGACCACAAUUCUCUAGUGAUCUGGACGUCCUCCAGUAAUGCCCAGCGAUCAGCUUUUAGUCUAGACGACAUACAGCAUCAGAAAGGCCGUGAGCCCUACAGCUCCUCGAAAUAUGCGUCUGAUCUACUUAGUUUAGCCCUAAACCGUCACUACAACAACCAGGGUUUGUACUCCUCAGUGAUCUGUCCUGGUCUGGUCAUGACUAAUCUCACCUAUGGCAUUCUACCAUCAUUCUUCUGGACUUUCAUCAUGCCAAUAAUGUGGCUUAUUAGGAUUUUCACCAACACUUUUACCCUCUCACCUUACAAUGGAGCAGAGGCUUUGUUUUGGCUGUUCAUGCAGAAACCUGAGACACUGGACCCAAUGGCCAAAUACCACAGUUUGACCUCUGGGCUUGGAAACAAUUACACCAAACCACACAAGAUGGAUGUUGAUGAAAACGUGUCAGAGGCCCUCUAUGUGAAGUUAUUAGAACUUGAGGAUACAAUGCGGAAGAAACUGAGAGACGAGGAUGUAGAUAUCAAAGCAAAAAACUAAAUAUGGACACAAAACCUCAUGCGUUCUAUCACUUUAUAACACAUUUCCAUCUUGAAAAUCUCUAAGGAAUGGAUAAACACCUCAUGAAUAUUUAUUUUUCUUAAAGAUCUUUAGAAACACUUAAUAUGAAAUGAUUAUGAUAAUCUAGCAUGGCUAUGAACCACAUCAUGUUAACUUAUGUAUUUACAAAAAGUAAUUUUAUGCAAUUUCCCUGGCAAUCAAAUGUAUGACUUUGGCUUUGCUAUCAGCAUGCUCUACUGUUUGAGCUACUUAUAAGUAUUGUGCAAUUUAUAUCGGUUUUGUUGCAGUGCAUUCCAAGUUUAAUGGUUUUUAACCAUUGUCAUUACUGUAAACAGUCAGCAGUCUCUGACUCUGAUGAAAAUGGGACCAUAAAUCUGUCAUGUAGCUGUUUUUCAUGUCUGUUUUAUUGUGCCCCCAAAGGGGCUUCUUCCAAAAGGUUCUGAUGAAUAUGAAAAGGAAAAAAACUAGUAUGGUGUCACGUCUAAAGGAUUUUGGCCAAAAUCAGCACAGGCUGUGAAAAAGGAAACUGAAUCUGCUCUUUCCAGUUAAUAAAAAUGUAUGUAUGGAACUGUUUGUGUACAUUUUAUGAUUAAUAAUUCACCUAAAAAGUUGGACUGUUUGUAGUGUCUGUUUUAAGAUUUCAAAUGAACUUUACUUUGACAGUAUUUUAAAGAUCUGAUCCUCUUCCUAA